AUGAAUUAGAAAUGUAAUAAGAUUGGACAUGAUUAAAAACCUAUAGAAUAUAUAUGUGUGCAAUCAAAACCAAUAGGAUUAGGUUGUUAGAAAUGUUAUUAAGAGAAUAAGUAAAAGUUAAAUUUUUAAUCAAUAAAAAACUUUUAAUUGUGUAUGUAGGAAGCAAAAUAAAUUGUAAUAAAAUAAACAUAAAAUGGAAGAAUAGAAUAAAUGAAAUAUGAAUUUGAUAUGUAGAUUUAAAAAAUAAAGGAUAUAAUGGAAUUUUAUUUAUCUGGAGUAGAAUAAUAGAUAAAUAAUUAAUACGUAGAAUUGAGUGGAAUUAUUAAAUACAUUGAUAAUUUCAAUAUAAGAUCUCUAGACUCUCCAAAUCCAGAUCAUUAAUAAUACCUACAAUAAAUAUAAGAUUAGAGUGUUGUUAAGAAAUUUGAUUAAUUAUAGAUGUAAAUUAAUUAAUUCAUGCAAAAACUACACUCAAUAUCAAUUGAUAUUAAUGAAUAAGUUAAGUUCUUAUCAGAAUCCAUAUUUUUUAGUCAUUUGAAAUAACUUAUAUAAAAAUAUGAUUUACCAUAUCUAUUUUAGAAGUAAAUUGAAGAAUUCUAAAUUCCAAAAGAAUUUUAUUAAAGUGAAUCGCAUUAUUUACCAUUCGUAUUUAAAGAUAAUAUAGAUGGAAACAUAUCAUAUAUUGGAUAAUAAGAAAAUGAAGAAUUUCAUGGUAAGGGAUUGUUGUACUUAACUAAAAAAAAUAUAGUAUAUUAUGGAUCAUUUAUAAAUGGAUAAUUCUGUUAUGGAAUAUCAUUGAAUUUAAACAAGAAGGAAUUAAUGAUUGGAGAGUUUGAAUUUAUAGAUAUCUUUUGUUAUAGAAUUCUAAAUUAUGGAAUAUGUAUUAAUUCUAAUUGUGAAAGGUAAUUAUAAAUUUUAAUAAAUAAGAUAUGAAGGAGAUUUUAAGGAUAAUUAAUUUGAAGGAUAUGGUUAAUAUGAUUAUAAUAAUGGUGAUUAGUAAUUAUUUUUUAUUUAUUCUAUUAGAUAUAAAGGAUAUUGGAAGGCUGGUAAAAGAUUUGGUUAAGGAGAAUUAAUUAAUUAAGAAUUUGGAACGUAUAUAUUUAUAUUGAAAUUCUAAGGAUUAAGGGAAAUUUUGUAGAUGGAUAUUUGAAUGGUAAAGGAGAAUUAGAUUGUAAAACAUAAAAGUAUAAUAUAUAAUAAAUUAGAUAUUGGGGAGAUUUUAAAGAUAAUGAAAUAGAUGGAGUAGGUACUUUAGAAGAUCUAAUUAAUAAAACAAAAUAUGUUGGUUAAUUUUAGAAAGGAUUGAAAUGUGGAAAAGGAACUCUCAUUUUUUAAGAUAAUAAUAGAAGGUAUUUUGUGAUAUUUAAUGUGUUUUUAUAGAAUUGAAGGUAAUUUUAAAGAUAAUGAACCAUGUGGAAAAUGUGUGGAAACAAAUAUUAGGAUAUAUAUUGAGAAUCUUAAAUAAUAAAUAGAAACAAUAGUAGAAGAAGGAGAAUAUAUAAAUGGAUUGAAAAGUGGAUAAUUUAAUUGUCAAAUUACAUGUAACGGUUAGAUAAUAAAGUAUGAUAUAAAAAUAAUAAAUUUAUAGAAAAUUGAGAUAUUAUGAUUCUGGAGAGUUGAUAUUCGAAGACAUUAUCAUUUGA